AUGGCCAUGGGAUAUCCAAUAAUCCACCUCCUUUCGACCCCUCCAACCCCGACAACGCCCUCGGCACCUGAUGCUCACUAUCCCGGCCAGCACCUGCCCCAGUCUCUGCCCCCGCAACAGUCCCUGCCCCAACCUCCGCGCCAGCCAAACGUAGCACGCUCCCUCGGCCAGUCCUCCGUCGCAUCCAUCACCCCUGCAUCCUCCUCCUCCAACAUCUCUUCCCACCAGCAGCCUGCUGAAGAUACCGACAAUGCUCCAGUCUCUUCGUCUCCUUCUGGUCUGGUCACACAAGGAAAUGUGCCUUCUCCACGACGCGUCCGGAAACAUGUCCCUGUGCCGCUCCAGCCCACCACAGGACACCCAAACAUCCUUCCACCCUCUGAGCCGCGGACACCACGCCAGAGAUCGGAUUCGACUUCGGCGAGCGAACAUGGCAACGCUGGGGUCACUUCUGGGCACGUCAGACAUCACACUAGAUCACACACAGGAGGAUCGACCCACCGCUCAACAGGAGACCUCGUCCACGCGGCAGAGCAGCUCCAGCUGCAUGCUCAGCAGCGCAUCCCAGGCGUGUCCAAGGUCAGGAGUCGGGACCAUCUCGGAGUUCCAAUCCAUUCGGCCCCAACGGCGCCUCUCCCACCGACACCGACUACCCUCGGCCCUCCCCCGUCUACGCCCCCACCGGUACCUAUUCCCCAGCCAGGGCAUGGUUCCAUGACUUCGACCCCAACGCAUUCGAACCCACCGACACCCAACAUGAGCGGCAACCACACCUUCAUGGGCUCACUGCCGUCAUCGCCACCACCAAGGACGCCCUUACCACCUGCGCCUUCGAGCUUUACUUCGCCUCCAGCCUCACCAGCGAAUGUUUCGCGGAGAAUAUCACCCUUGGUGCCUUCUUCCAUCUCUCUGCCAGGACAACAGGGUCAGGGACAACAGGGCCCUCAAAAGCCUACUUUACCACCCCCCGAAAGCUCACCUGAGGACGACGAGAAGGCGAACGGAGCAGCUCUCAACAAUUUCUAUGAUGAGGACCUCGUCUCGGACAAGUGGCUGCCCAAUUUGUCCUCGAAGGGAUUCCCGUCGUCAGAGGCCUCGCUGGACCAUUCACUUGAGGAUCCAUAUCCACGCGAGAGGAUUACUUCCAAAGGUUCUUAUACUGGAGGGCAAUUGGACCAGGUUCGACCAAAGACAACAGCGCAGGAUGGACAAAAGACGAGCGAAUCUGCGCAACAGCAACAGCUGCAGCAACAACAACAACUGCAGCAGCAACAGGCGGCUCAGCACCAGAGAUCAUUCUCACAAUCAUCAACUAUUUCUACCCAUCAGUCAAGCGCCUCUCAGUCGACAAAGUCACCGUUGGCUGCACCUUUGUACAGUUUUCAACAAGGAAACUCUUCUAUGAGCUCAUUACAUACGCUCGAUAACCCUUCAUGCAAGCGGAUCUCUGAUUCCGCUCGUUCGGUGAAGGAGUCGAGUCCACUGGCGCGGUCGUCCGGAGGAUCGGGAACGACCAAUGGCUCGGGAGCUACUGGAUCAUCCUCCCCGUUGUCAUCAUCACCAGCUCGACCAACGGUGCUCCAACAUCAGUACAGUAGCUCAAAGCUGAGCACCACCCUGUCGAACUCGAGCUCGGCCUCGCCGAUCAUGGACAAGGCAUGGAGCCCUAGUAUGAAUAGCAACGGCAACGGUCAAGGCCCUUCUGGAGGAACGACUCUGUAUGAUGUGAUCAUGGAUGAUCCGUUUGCAGGCAUGAACUUUCCCCUGCCUCCUCCUUUUAUGGAACCGCCACCUUCGGACCCUUACUUGCGUUGUUUCUGGCUGAUGCGCAAGCUGGAGCAGACGAUGACGACGGGAGGAUUCCUUACGAAGCGGAUGUAUGUGCCAAGGGCGAUUUGGUAUCAGUCACUGGUCCGCCUGCCAGCUGCGGACACGAAGAUGAGUGCUUGCCAGACCAUGUCGACGCUCCUCAACAAACUGUCGAAACAAUAUCAGAGCGGUGCGCUGACGCUCUUGGUCGAGGGCGGUCCGGAGGUGGAUGGGGAGCGGAUGGCGGUCCUCAAGGAGCUGGAGAGUCUGGAAACGGCAGCGCAUCAGGUGCAGUCGAAGCUGAGCAAGAAGCUGUCGUUCAUUCAUCGACCAGGCAAGAACGGCAACCUAACGAUCUCGACUAAUCAGGGCUAUAGCGAGGAUAUGCAGGGUCCUGUGACGGGCGGGAAUGCGAGCGUGUAUGGAACAUCGAGCGUGUACGGAGCAUCGAGCAUCUAUGGGAGCAACAACUAUGAGUGGAAUGGCGGUGAGGAGCCGCCGAUGCCGACUUCUUCAGACAAGUCCGGCAAGAAGGGCGGCGUAUCUGUAGGCGGGAGCAGUUCGGAUGCUGGUACCGGAGGACUGAAGAGCCAGUGGAAGAGUUUUUCCAAGACUGUGCAAAAGUCGAUUGGAAGCGAUAAAGUGUUACGUCGGCUGUGUGAUGUCCUCAAUCAGGUUAUCUGUGCCUUUGUGGUUCGUGAUUUGGGCGAACUCAUGGGCAAGUAUGUGAAGCGUGUCGGUGCCUGGGUUGCCGAUUAA